UCAAAAAGACCUCUCUGAGCUUCUGAUAUAAUUCAUAGUUCUUUACCUGAUAUUGAUAUACAUUUUCAAUGGCUGUGAAAUUUAUUUACCUAAUCUUCCUGGCCAUAAUGUCUGCAGCUGUGUUGGCCUCUGAUGGUCCUACUCUACAAGAUUUCUGUGUUGCUGAUCUGAAGAGUUCCACUCAAGUGAAUGGAAAGGCAUGCAAGGAUCCGAAGCUCGUUACAGCCAGUGAUUUUUCUUUAGGAGGAUUUCAUCUGGCUGGUAACACAUCGAAUGCUGUUGGCUCAAGGGUGACUCCAGCAUUUGCUGCACAUAUACCAGGACUCAACACCCUUGGCAUUUCAAUGGUGCGCCUUGACAUAGCACCAUCGGGCAUAAACCCUCUGCACACGCACCCACGUGCUACUGAAAUUCUUACAGUUAUAGAGGGUACCCUUGAAGUUGGAUUUAUCACCUCGAACCCUGAUAAUCGCCUCAUUUCCACCAUACUAAAAGAGGGAGAUGUGUUUGUGUUCCCUGAGGGUCUUAUUCAUUACCAGAAAAACAUUGGAAAGUCCCAUGCAGUUGCUAUUGGAGCUCUUAACAGCCAGAACCCGGGUGUGAUUACAAUUGCUAACGCAGUGUUUGGGUCAAACCCUUCGAUUCCUAGUGAUGUUUUGGCAAAGGCUUUCCAGGUCAAUAAGAAGUUGAUCCCAGUGAUGCGGUCACAAUUUAAGAUUUGAAAACUCUGUUCAUACUCUCUGAUGAUAAGUGUCAUUAUGCAAAGAUCCAUACAGCACCAUUGUAAUGUGUUCAACUAUAUUUGUUUGAAUCAAUUUGACUAGUGUCAUGAUAAAAGAGUUGCUAGAUUUCAAUCAAACACAGUCCAGUAAUGAGGCUAGUGAAGUUGAACCACAAAUUUAAGAGCAAUGAAAAACACAACUGUUCUGAUGUUCUGAUA